UUGAAACGUGCGCGCGUACGCACGGACCCUCGACCCCAAUCCUGAACUUUCCAGGUGAAACGCGGAAGAAGGUCGGCUUAGAAAUCCAACUCCUGCCAAAAAAAAAAGCGCAAGAAAAAUGCAACGUUUCCGAGCUUUUCCUUGCUUGUCCGUCAACAAUCCUACCCUCCCCACUUCCCAGAGGAAACAAAAUUAAACGACGAAAGUAAGAUCAACACUUGAUCUUGAACAUCACUCAGUAGCAGGGAAUUUGAAGUACCCCCACGACUACCACGCGCCAACAGGCGUAAAAAACCUUUCCCAUUCGACGUGUCUCAGGACAACAGUGAGAAACAAAAAGGACUAUCUCCCAUACAGCCCACCCCCCGACACUUCUACCUCUCAAACCGAUACCGUGCGUUGUUUGUGGGAUGUGUGGCAUGUAUAACAGAUCUGCAGGGAGGGUCCGCCGUGGCGGCGGUGAUCCCGGCGGUUUCACAACCGUGGGUGAGAUCUUUCCGGGUCGUGUCUGUCCCGUGCCAACUUGCCCCACUCCCAAGCACCUGAUCGUUCGGUACAAGAACGGCCGGCCCUUCGUCGUCUGCUCGAAUCAAGUUCGCGACGAUCCCAACUCCUGCCAGUUCACGGCUAACAAGUUCGGCAAGGACCGCGCCGUCGGCAAAGGACCGUCUACAAUCGCCUGCAUCACCUGCGACGUGCCUGUGGAGUUCGUCCUCUCCAUCGGCAGGCCCAACGGCGACACCAACCCGACCUCCGGGAAAACAGAGUAG